AUGACAGAUGGACGUGGCGAUCAGUAUUUGCGUUUCAAAAAUGUCACUGAAUCUUUGGGGAAACCAACAAAAAAUAACAGACCGAAUUUCAAUGCAGCAGCUGCAGCUGUGCUUAAUUUGGAACAUUGGUCUAUACAUCUGAGUAGUGAUCAGUUGGCAAUUGCAUCAUCUUGCAAGCUGAAUCCUACUGCCAAGUCUAAGCAGGACAUGACCGAUCUUUGCGAGCAGCCUCUGGGGCUACUCUCUGAAGUCACUCGGCGAGAGUUGGUGCACUUGCUCGAAUCUUUGCCUGGCAACAAAGACUUGAUAGUUGAUGCUUCUCUGCUUCGUCCACUUGAUCGCAUAGCUUCUAUGAGCCUCCUUCAGAAACAUGAAUGUCAACGUGUAAUUCCAUUACGUCUGGAUUCAUCCACAGUUAUUCCUUGGAAUCAGAACACUCCAAGACGUGUGUACUUGUUGCGUAGUUCACUAGAUAUGGCACGUUUGCUCGCUCAGCAUGUCCGUUCUGCACCAGAAAACCGACAAAUCGCUGUUGUUUGGGUGGAUCGUCGACUUGUCAUUUGUGAGCGAGAGUUAGAGCGACAAGGAGUUUAUGGAUUGGUGGAGCCGUUUGAACUUAGCAUUUCUUUCAUCCCUCUUGAGAGCGACCUUUUUUCUAUGGAAAUGCCUAUCACUACUUCCAUGAAGGACCUGCUUGCACCAGCAAACGCUCUUUUCCAGCUGCAGUCGUUAUAUGGGCUGAUUCCCACGGUCUAUGGCUUGGGCGAACAGACGGAAAAGCUGUGGAAGUUGAUGCAUCACGUCUACGAUGAGAAGGGUGAGCCGCGAUCUUCUCCUGACCAACCGAUCAGCCACUUGUUCAUGUUUGAUAGAUCUUUGGACCAGGCUACAGUGCUGAUGACUGGUCUUACUUAUGAAGCCAUGUUGCAUGAAGUGUUUACUAUUGGAUGUGGAAAGAUUUCAUUUGGCCCGGAGGUGGAAGGUAGGAUGAGACCUGAGGUGGAGCAAGGCGAUGUAGGGAGAAAAUCGAAAGUGUAUGUACUGGACAACAACGAUGGGGUGUUUGCUUCCAUAAGAAACAAACACAUGACCGGUGUGUUUCCCUUUCUCAGUUCAAAAGCCAAGGAGAUACAAUCAGAUUUCAAUAAGGGAGCGUCGAUUGAUCAAGUGCAAGAUAUGAAGCAGUUUGUAGCCCAUGAGUUAAAGGCGCUGAAACUUCAACAUCGUCAGCUAGAGAUGCACAUUUGCGCCUGCGAGGUUUUGCUGGAGAAGAACGGUGCUGCUGGCGCUGGAGAGCGUCUUCGAUUCGAGCACGAGCUGGUUGCUGGUACGGCCAACAUAGCUGAUGUCAUUUCAUACAUGGAGGACUGUAUGCUUCGCGAACUUCCAUCAUGGCAGGUACUGUCCUUAGCCUGUUUGGCCAGCCUAUCUCAAAAUGGACUACCUCCGAAGCACUACCAGUCAUUCCGGGAGCAUUUCUUCAGAACCUAUGGUUACGAGUAUCUCCCAAUCUUGCAUAGUCUAGCCUCCAAACGUCUGCUGACAGAGAAGCCUCGUCCAAUAGUAGGUGGCGCUGUCCCACCUGCACCAUCUUCUCCAUCACCUAAUGACUCACAUCCUACUCUACCAUACCUUAUCAAACGGCUAGGUCUUGUUCCAACGUCUGAAGAUGCUCAAGUGGAUUUGAAGAACCCAUCCUCUAUGAGCUAUGUAUUUUCCGGGGCCUUUACUCCACCUUUCUGUCAAGUUGUUGCAAACGCGAUGGUGCACGGCUGGAACACCAAUGAACUGAAGAAAACCUUUGGGCGAGUGCUAGUGGAGGAGAAUAGCUACAUUCCUGCCGAUCGCCGCCCGGAUAACAGGAUGCGAAAGGCGAUUUUGGUUUUUUUCCUAGGUGGAGUCACUUAUGCAGAGGUGGCAGCUUUAAGACUUCUUGCUGUUCAAAAUAAUUUCAGGAUUCUAAUUGCAUCUACGAAUGUCAUACAUAGGGACUCUUAUAUGAAGUAUGUUAGUGAACUGGAUUAUCGUACAUUUUAGUUGGACAAUUCUUUGACUCUUCUCUGCAUUCUCACUCGUGCAUCCCGUACCGUGGUUACGUAACUGUGUAUUUCGUAUAAUAGUAAUAAUGAUACGGGUCACGGGCCCUUUUUGAUUGUUAUUAGUCGUGUCUGUUGUUCAUAAAAUAUGCACUAAAAUCUUUGAGCUUA